AUGCUCAUACUUGGCAGAACAGCCUUGCGCUUGAACCGUGUUGAAACCCGAAGUCCCGCCUUGUCAAUGGCCCGACCUGCUGCCUGGGUACUUAGAGGUUUCUCAGAAAUCCAGGACAAACUGGAUUUUAAUCAAGUUGCAGCAUCGUUUAAAAACAUAAAUAAAAAAUAAUUGAUUCUGUGACCUAUCGCUAUGUUGGGGAGCGACAUAGGAAAGCUUUUUAAGGAACAACACCAGCGUACAAUGGAGUUAGCUGAAUCAAUAAUUGAAAAUGUCAAAGAUUCCAGCCGGGAUGAACUCAUUGAAAUGCUUCGCGAAGUAGUCAGCGAAAAUGAAGCAAACAUGAAUAAUCAAGCCGCCACUUGGAAGGCAUAUGAGGCUGUAAAGAAGAUUAUGAAAGAGUCUGUUGAUCCCAUAAUUAACGCACAAGAGAUUUUUGAUGAAGAAGUGAAAAACAUUCCUGCCGAGAUUAGAACAGAUUUCGUCAAAUCCUUUGAUGACCUGACUACAGAGAAAUUAGAUAUGAGUUUGCAAAUGAACUGUAGCAAUGUAUCGUCCCAACCGAUGCUUGAUCCUUGGACUAAACAGCCAAUAAAAAACCCUGUCAAAUCAACCAUUUGUGCGCACACUUACGAUAAAGAUAGCAUCAUUUGCCAAAUUAAAACAAACAAGAAAUUCAGGUGUCCUUAUAUUGGAUGUAAUGCUGUACUGACAAAGAAGAAAAUAACAGAAGUGUAACAUUUUAUGUACUCAACUCAUAUACACAUGUAUUACUUUAAUUACACUUUUUAUACUAUAUUUAUUGCUCUAUAUUAUUAAAAAAAUUUAAACUUUUUUAAUAAUGUUCAUAUUCUAUUUUUAAUACUUAACAAAGUGAAAAUUCAAUUUUUUUUCAUAUGACUUGAUAGUUGGAAACCCAAGGGACCACAAAAAUUAUUCGAAUUGUGAAGAGGAAAGAAAAUCAAGUUGUUAAGAGUUCAUAUGCAUUUUUACAAGUUAUUACUUGUAUUGUACAUGAAUAAAACAUUGUAAAAAUAAUUAAAAAGUGGAAAUAACUGUAAAAUUGAA